ACGGAAUUUAAAAGGACGAUGAACGAGGCCAUCGAUCUGCAAGCAAUAUCUUUGGGUUGACAGCUGGCGAAUAGCAAGUGACAGCGGAGUCUGUGUAGUGUUGCAAAACAUGUAAUUGUCAGGGAAUGGAAGUUAUGGACAAGAGGAAAAGGAAUAAAUGAAGGUUAAUUUUUGUUGGUAUCAGUCAUGGUGUCCAGUAAAUGGGUGACUGUUUCCUGGAGCAGCAUUCUACCUGUAGCUAGUGCAGAUGUAAGAGACAGCAGCAGUGUGACUUGUACAGAAAACAAUUCUGGUCAAUCUGAUAUUCGGUAAAAUGUAUACCUCGCCACAUAGAGACAUCCAUGACAUCAGAAAGUGGGGAUAUAAUUUGUGUGUCACACUUGUGGGAGAUUUUCAACUUUCUGAGUCAUGUGCAUCAAGAUGCAGACAGGAGAAAGAACAGCUAAAGAUAAACGAUUACAAAACUCCAAUAUAAGACCAAAAGGAACUUAUUGUGCUGCUUUAUGGUGUAACAAUAAUUUUGGAAGUAAUCCAUCGCUGUCAUUGUUCAGAAUUCCCAGAGAAAAAUCACGAGCUGCACAGUGGUUAGCAAAUGCAGGCCGAGAAGAUUUACUGGAAAGAGGUCCCAAGGCUUGGCACGUGAAGUAUUUGUGCGAGCAGCAUUUCACUGAUCGAAUGUUUAUGAAUGAAAAAAGGAAGAAGUUAGUGUGGAAUGCUGUACCGACAAUUUUUCCACAGCCACCAAAUACAUUAAAAAAGAAUCUUGCCUCAACAUCUGGAAAAAAGGAUAUGUUAAAUCAGCCGUCACUGCAGGCUAAAAUAUUGCGCAAAAUACUUCCAAAACCAGUCUCCCUGAGUUCUGGAGAAGUUUCUGUCAGGGAGACCUUCACUGGGUCAGCUACUUCUACUGACGAAGAAAUGGCAACAGUCUGUGCCGUCACUGCAGCACCGGAGAAUGCUAACAGCCAGCUGCCGAUUGAAACAACCAAUAAUAUCUCACUUGUGGAGUCAGCUGAAACAAAUGAAAUAGAUAGUUUUGCAUCCCAUUUGUCUGAUGUUAAAGAUUUUAGUUUUGAACCAUAUGGUUUUCAUUUUGAUUUUAACUGUGAGGAAUCGGAUGAAAAAGCCUUUCCAUGUUCAUCAUGUGGAGAAAUGUUUCUUUUUAAGAACAGUCUAAUUGCUCAUGAGACAAAAUAUCAUCCAGAAUGUUACUCGGUUACGGAAAAUGUGUCCAAGUAGUUAAGCAGAGAGAAAGAGUUCGUUGAAGAUGAAUAUGAUUGUAAAUUUAAGCCAAAAUCC